GUUUUAAACUAGGCUGAACAUGAAAGAAAGCGAAAUUAAAAUAUAUCGGCGUUUUUUUUGCAGACUUAUGAUUUAUUUGGAGAAUUUAUUUUAAAGUGUAGUAAUGGCAAACGGUGAACCAGGAUUCGACAUGAACUUUGACCUUGUAGAAGUAGGCGUAAGUGGUUCAGUUCAAGUGUGUCCAAAAAUAGACAGGUCAAAAGAAAGGAUACAGCUGCCAUUGAAAACAGUGCCCCUUGGUUUACCACCUGUCCUUCCAAAAAUUGAAGAUGAGUUUGAAAAGUUCCUCACCAACCUGGAAGAGUUACCAAUACAUGAUGUUGAUAGGGCACAAAAGUUCAUCCCAAGGGUUCCAGACCCGCUGAAUUUGUUGCACACAGAUGUGACAUCGUUGCAGACCACUAUACAGGUGGAGCGGAAUCCCACUACUGGCAAACUGCUAGGAUAUAAAGAGGAGUAUUUACCAGACAUGGGGAAGACUGCUCAGAAUUCACUGUCAUUACACAGAGCCCCAGAUCCGACGUCUACAGGAGAUGUCAGGGGAAGUAGCCUUAAUUUUCCUUUUUGGCCAGGUGGCCAAGAUGAACCAGAGUUAGAAUCCUUGCUGAAAGCUACAGAUAAUGUGGACAUCAACUUUGAAACUGACCUACUUACAGUAGCACCUGGCUUAUUAGAAGGUAUGAACUUCACGGUUACACCUCAGAAACACACUGUAGAAGAUGCAACCUCUGUUACCGAGCAACCAAAGGUCAUGACCUUAGCUGAUAUUAUGACCUUGGGAGAUGACCUUGAUGACCUUGAACUUGGGGAUGAUGAAGAUUAUGAUAAAGAGAUUGAGGAGACUAAGGAGACAUCCAAGGAAAGUGUUAAACUUCAGAGAAGUGAAAGUUUGGAGAAGUUAGUCGACACACCAGCUGACAAGGGUAAUGAUAGUCCUUCAUCAGCACCAGUCAGGAGGGCGGAGCCAAAAGAGGAGUGGGCUAUCAACAUAGAUGUUAAACAACCUGUGGAUGAUUUCUAUAAGAGAAUACCAGACAUGGCUUACACGUGGCCAUUUGAACCGGAUGUGUUCCAGAAACAGGCAAUACUUCAUCUGGAGAGCCAUGACAGUGUGUUUGUAGCGGCCCAUACAUCAGCUGGUAAAACUGUGGUAGCUGAAUAUGCAAUAGCCUUAUCUCUUAAACAUAUGACAAGGACAGUGUAUACAUCACCUAUUAAGGCAUUGUCCAAUCAGAAGUACCGAGAUUUCAAGCAAACAUUCAAUGAUGUAGGGUUGAUAACUGGAGAUGUACAGAUCAAUCAAACUGCUGCCUGCCUUAUAAUGACCACAGAAAUUCUCAGGUCAAUGUUGUACAACGGAUCCGAUGUGAUUAGAGAUUUAGAAUGGGUCAUAUUUGACGAGGUCCAUUACAUCAAUGAUGCUGAGAGAGGUGUAGUGUGGGAGGAGGUAUUAAUCAUGCUACCCCAGCAUGUUAACAUUAUUCUACUUAGUGCAACUGUACCUAAUACUAUAGAAUUCGCUGCAUGGAUCGGGAGAACAAAAAAGAAGAAGAUAUAUGUUAUAAGCACAACAAAGAGACCUGUACCCCUAGAGCACUUCCUGUACACAGGAAACAGUAAUAAAACUAGCAGUGAACUCUUCAGAAUUGUUGAUGCUAAAGGCAGUUUUAGUACUACAGGUUACCAGAAAGCAAUCGAUGCAAAGAAAGAGAGAGCCUCAAAAAGUUCACAGAGUUUUGGCGCCAAAGGUCACAGAGGAGGUCACCCAAGUCAGGAUAAGAAUGUAUGGCUGUCAGUGAUAGACAUGUUGAAGAAGAAAGAAAAAUUACCUGUGGUGGCCUUCACCUUUUCGAAGAAGAAAAUUGAUGAAAAUGCCAACAAUCUGCAUAGCCUGGAUCUGACCACGGCCAAGGAGAAAAGUGAAAUACAUAUCUUCUUUCAUAGUUCUAUCAAACGACUGAAAGGUUCUGAUCAACAACUACCUCAGGUUUUACACAUGGAAGAUACAUUGAAGAGGGGUAUAGGAGUACAUCAUAGCGGUAUUUUACCUAUACUGAAGGAGGUGGUAGAACUUCUGUUUCAGAAAGGUCUUGUUAAAAUAUUAUUUGCUACAGAGACAUUUGCUAUGGGUGUCAACAUGCCAGCCAGAACUGUUGUGUUUGACUCCAUCAGAAAACAUGAUGGCACACAUUUUAGAGAUUUGUUACCUGGAGAGUAUAUACAGAUGGCAGGUCGGGCUGGAAGACGUGGCCUUGACACAACUGGCACUGUAAUCAUACUGUGUAAGGGUGAUGUACCAGAAAUGUCUGACCUUCAUAAAAUGAUGUUGGGCAAGCCAACACUGUUGCAGUCCCGAUUCCGGUUGACAUACUCAAUGAUUCUUAAUCUACUACGUGUUGAGCAGCUACGUGUGGAGGAUAUGAUGAAAAGAAGCUUCUCAGAGUUUCACAGCCAGAAAGACGUGGCAAAAAGAAAAGAAGAUCUACAAGUGUUACAUAAGAAAGUGUCUGAUCUGGAGGAUAUAGAAUGUUUUAUGUGUUCUAAUGACCUGGAAACAUACUGGGAAGCUUGCAGAGACUAUCAUGAUCUACAAAAACAUCUUCAGGGUAUUAUUUUAUCACACCCUGCAGCUGUGAAAGCAUUGUCUCCAGGACGUGUAGUCAUCGUUAAUCACGCAGUAAAUAAUGAGGUGCUUGGUGUUGUAUUAAAAUCAUCCUCUGGUGCCAACAAUGAAAGAAACUUCACAAUUUUAGUCAUCUGUGAUAAAAAUAGUGAUAGUUCUAAAAAUAGUGACAGUGCUAUAAAUAGUAACAGUGCUAUUAAUAGUAACAAAUCAGAAGAAAGUAAUGCUGUGGCACCUGUGAUAAAAACGAAAUUGUUCCAACCGGAAGGAGCCUGUUGGCAUGAAAUGGUGCAAUGUAAAGCUGACUCUAUUGCCAUAGUAACAACGAAAACAAUAAGAAUUGAUGGUGAAAAGAUAAUUAAUGAUGUGAAAAAGAGAGAGCAACCAAGAUUCAGAAAUGAUCCACCCUCUCAGUCGGUUACCACGGCAACUCAAGAGCUUCUACGUUUAACAGAAACCAAUAGCGAUGGACUACCUGGCCUUGACCCAAUUAAAGACCUUCAUCUUAGAGAUAUAGAGCUGGUGGAGAAAUUUCGAUCUUUAGAAUUGAUGAAGGAAAAGUUCUCCAAAUAUAACUGUGUAAAUUGUCCUAGAUUCACGGAACAUUUUAGUCAGAUUAGCUCUAAUAUGAAGUUAAAGGAAGAUUAUAAAAGGCUACAGUUCUUGUUGUCAGAUGCCAGUUUGACUUUACUACCAGAAUAUCAGCAGAGAGUUGAGGUAUUAAAGGCGCUGAACUAUAUAGAUGAACAUAAUGCUGUACAGUUAAAGGGACGUGUGGCAUGUGAAAUAUCCACGCACGAGCUGAUGAUCACUGAACUCGUGUUCGAGAAUGCACUCACUGACCUACAUCCAACCGAGAUAGCAGCAUUGUUGUCGUCAAUGGUGUUUGAACAAAAAAAUUGCAGUGAACCACGACUGAUCGAUACACUCGAAAAGGGUAGAGAUAAGAUAUUAGAGAAGGCAGGACAAAUUAGUAAGAUUCAGAAACAAAUGGGGAUGCAGGUAGAUUCAGAAUACGAGGAAACGUUUAAAUUUGGCCUUAUGGAAGUUGUAUUUGAAUGGGCAAGAGGAAUUCCAUUUUCUGAGAUCACUAACCUGACGGACGUGCAGGAAGGAAUUAUAGUGCGUUGUAUACAGCGACUUCACGAGACUUUACGAGAUGUCCGUAAUGCGGCACGUAUAAUCGGUGAUCCCGUCCUCUACCAGAAGAUGGAGGAGGCGUCCUCUAUGAUUAAGAGAGACAUUGUGUUUGCAGCCUCGCUUUAUACACAGUGAUAAAAAGUGCUAUUUUAGGAUAUUAUAAAUUUAAAGUGACAUUGUGCCCGUCUAAUGGUAUAUUAAGUGAGUGAACUGCUGAAAGUCAGAAAAAGUUUAAAUUUUGCCAUAAUUCCUUUCAAUUUUAUAAUUUACUUUGCAUGAAUGAUUAAUAACUCACAUGGCUCAAGGGAAUCACUGUAGAUAUCCAUUGGAAAUUACAUGUAAAUUCAAUUUAUAAAAAGAGUGUGGCAAUCAUUUUAUAUUUAAGGCAGAUUUAUGUUUUAAUCCUAAACAUUUUCCAAUAAAUCAUUAUUAUAAUAAUCAAUCUUUUGAAAUAUAUAGUCAAUUCAGCUAAACAAUAAAAAAAUGAGCAUAGUGUCACUUAAAUAAUUUAUUGAAAAUUGUGAUUACUCAUAAUGCUCAAACCAAAAUUCAAAGUCUUCAUGCUACCAAUAUAAAGCCAUCUACGCAGUAUGAUGAGAGUUUCAAGGUUGGUUGAAAAACUGCCUAAUUUUCAUAGUGCUAAUGUUUAUAUUGAUGAGGGACUGUUUUAAAUUGAAACUUGGACAAGUUCACAAAGGAUAUUAUGUGGGUUAGGGGUACAUUUUAAUGAUUUAAAAAAAACAUGCAGCUUAUGAACAAGGAAAACUUAUUUUUGUAUUUAACCUUAAUACAUUAAGAAAAUAAUCUUCUUUGUUUAAUUUUGUGCCAUAAGAUGAAAAAUAAUGAAUAAUAAUAAAUUGUUAUAGUUAGAGACAUGUAAUAUACAGUGAGCGAUAUGAAAAAUAUCACACUUCAAGGAUUUUAAUGAUUAACAUAGCAUGAAUGAAUAUAUUUUAGUGUAUCAAGCCAAAAUGAAUGAAUAUAUUUUAAUGCAUAAUGCCAAGGUAUUGUUUUAGAUUACAUGCAGCUGUUAAUAAAUUAAAUUUUUCCAAAUUUUUUAUGAUUUCUAAACGUUUUGAAAAAGCAGAUAGUUACUGAGGACUUUCUCAUACAACUUCAAUAAUUGACUGAAGACCGAGAUAUUUGUUGUUUUGAAACAUUCCAUGUUCUUUAAGGAUUGCGAAUGAUAAGGCCACUGAGGAUUAAAUAGAUUUCUCUGCUUUUUUUCUCGGAGUAAGGUCUUAUUUGUUUAAUUUCAUCAAUUUGAAAGCAUCUUUGUGGUGCAUCCAGUAGUCUUACUAGUUUAUUUAUUGAUGAUUAAUAAUAUUCCUUAUUUUCUGAUAACUUACUGCUGACUUUUUAAUAUUAUGUAUGAAGACUUAAACUUUUUUUUGUUUUUGUUGAAUGGAAUUGAGUUAUAUACAUGUAGCUGGUUUUUCUGUCUUCAUAUUUACUGCAUUAUUUUUGCCUUCUGCUUGAGCUUAUUUUGUUUAAUGGACAUCUUUAACCCUUACUCUGCUAAGACAGGAAGUGAUAGACUUUUUACCACUCUACAAAAAUGGCUGACUAAACUAUUGUCAUGAUAUCCCCAAAUUUGAUAAUGAACUGUCCCAAAUAUGGAAGCUGGACAAGUCCAUUUAAGAAAUUCAGUAGGUUAAGGGAUAAAGGUGAAACAACAUUUACAUGGAUUGACUUGGGGGGGAUUACAAGAUGGAAAUAAAAUGAGAAAAAGUCAGUUUUAUUGUUAUGUAUUGUCCUUGCAAAUAUUUUAAGUUUCUUUUAUAACAAAGGUCAGGAAGCUUUAAACUGUCGUAUAUUUUCAUUCAUGUUGUCCAUUAUUUAUGUUUUUAGAAAUGCAUGAAUGACUUGUAUGUGACUUCUGAAUUAAGUAUACAUGUAAUAAUAUUCUGAACAAAGAAAUACAUGUCAAGGUCACAAUCAAUAUUUUAUUUAUUUAUGUUUUUAUAUAAUAUAUUAGCAUCAUGUUAUGCAAUUGAUGAAAAAACGUACAAAGACAAAGAAGCACUAGGGUGACUUCCUAUAUUAGAUAAGCUGGAGAGUUGCGUUGUGAUCUUGAUAUAAAUGAUGUGUUCCUAAGCAGUGAAUGAAAAUUGAAUAUAAGAUUUUAUCUAUAGUAUGUGGUACUUUAAAACCAUACCAAGCUACUUGUCCAUCUUGCAAUUUUGACAAAACUAUCACCUUUAGGGGAAAAAUUCAAAAAUUCUGACUGAAUAAUGAACAGUAUAUAGUAUACCA